UACAACACUGUUUAUUGUUUUGACAUUUAUCAUAAACGCGCACAACAACAAGUUUUUCAAGCGGCAUGCUGUGGAUUUCAUGAAUUAAUCGUGCAUUUCAAACAAUUUGUGUUUAUUCUAAAAUAGUUGCUUUGUUUUAAAACAAUUUCAGCAAAAUGCCGAAAGAGCAAUUUCGUGAAGCUGAUGUGAUAAAAAAAAUUUCACAUGUGCAGUUUUGCAUCAGCAGUCCUGAAGAAAUCCAACAAGAAUCACACUUGCGCAUCGUUUCGAAAAAUCUUUACCAAGGACAGCGCCAGCCUGUACCUUAUGGCGUGCUGGAUAAGCGUAUGGGCGUGAGCACCAAAGAUGCCACCUGCGAUACAUGCGGCCAAGGUUUGAAUGAAUGUAUCGGACAUUUCGGUUAUUUGGAUCUUGCUUUGCCAGUAUUCCAUAUUGGACACUUCCGUGCUACAAUUUCAAUACUACAAAUGAUUUGUAAAAGUUGUUCGCAUGUUAUGCUGCGGGAAGUGGAUAAACGUAUAUAUGAGAAAAAACUACUGAAUCCAAAUUUAUCAUAUUUAGCAAAGAAAUCUUUGCACGGCCAAAUAUUAAAUAAGGCAAAGAAACAGACAAAAUGCCCCAAUUGCGAAGCACCCAAUGGAGGUGUAAAAAAGGGACCAGGCUUAUUAAAAAUACUACAUGAUCCUUGCAAGGGCAAGAAACCAGAUGCUAUAAUGACGGACGCGUUAAAUGAAUUAUUGCAAGCAACAGAAAAUAAUCGCGAGCUGCAACAAAUGUUAUCCUCAUAUAAUCAAGUUGAAGAACUAAAUCCUUUAACAGUAUUGGAGUUAUUUAAAACAAUACCGAAAAACGAUAUACCGCUAUUGGGUAUGACUUCAGAUGACGCUAGUCCAGCAAAUUUAAUCGUGACACGUGUUUUCGUACCACCAGUAUGCAUACGGCCCUCAGUGCUAUCCGAAGUAAAGGCAGGCACCACCGAAGAUGACUUGACAAUGAAACAAAGUGAAAUCUUACUUAUCAACGAUGUUAUACAGAAACAUAUGACCGGUGGUGGCAAAAUUGAACUCAUACAAGAAGAUUGGGAUUUUUUACAACUACACGUCGCGCUAUAUUUUCACAGUGAAAUCUCUGGUAUUCCACUUAAUAUGGCACCCAAGAAAACGACACGCGGUAUUGUGCAACGGCUUAAAGGUAAACAAGGACGUUUUCGCGGUAAUCUCUCUGGCAAACGUGUUGACUUCUCCGGUCGUACCGUCAUUUCACCCGAUCCUAAUCUAAUGAUACACCAAGUUGGUGUACCCGAGCGUGUUGCCAAAAUACUUACCUAUCCGGAGCGUGUAAAUCCCGCCAAUAUACAAAAAAUGAAAGAGCUCGUGAAAAACGGUACACAGAAACAUCCGGGCGCAAAUUAUGUACAACAACGCGGUUCAACAUUCAAAAAGUAUCUAGCAUACGGCAACCGUGAUAAGGUGGCGCACGAUUUGAAAUGUGGUGACAUUGUGGAAAGACAUUUAUGCGAUGGCGAUAUUGUGCUCUUCAAUCGUCAACCAUCGCUACAUAAAAUGUCCAUUAUGUGUCAUCAGGCUAAGGUGCAACCACAACGCACGUUCCGUUUCAACGAAUGCGCCUGUACUCCAUAUAAUGCAGAUUUCGAUGGUGAUGAAAUGAAUUUACAUCUGCCGCAAACGGAGGAGGCACGUGCUGAAGCGCUCAUACUCAUGGGCAAUAAAUCCAAUUUGAUAACACCCAAAAAUGGUGAAAUACUCAUUGCGGCAACGCAAGAUUUCAUUACUGGCGGUUAUUUGUUAACGCAAAAAGAUGAAUUUCUCACCAAGGAACAAGCAAUGCAAUUAGCUGCCUGCUUUCUAGCCGGACCCGAUGCCAAUAUGCGCAUUGACAUGCCACCACCGGCUAUAUUGAAGCCACGCAAACUCUGGACAGGCAAGCAAAUAUUCAGCCUGUUGCUGCGGCCGAACAAACAAUGUCCGGUAAUGACGAAUUUGAUAACAAAGGGACGUAACUACACCAACAACUAUGAUCUGUGUGUGCGUGAUUCAUGGGUGAUUGUGCGUAAUUCGGAGCUAAUUUGUGGUUCGAUGGAUAAGAGCACUUUGGGUUCGGGCACGAAGAACUGUAUUUUCUAUGUUAUACUCCGUGAUUUUGGUGAACUCUAUGCUACCAAAUGCAUGUGGCGGUUGGCAAGGAUCGCUUCAUAUUUCAUACAAAAUCGUGGCUUCUCCUUCGGCAUUAGCGAUGUAACGCCCAGCAAUAAACUGUUGGAAGAAAAACAAAAGCUGCUGGAAAAUGGUUAUGCAAAAUGUAAUGAAUACAUUUUGGAAAUGAAAAAGGGUACAUUGCAAUGUCAACCCGGUUGCACACCGGAGCAAACAUUGGAGGCGGUAAUGUUGCGUGAACUCUCCUCGAUUCGUGAACAGGCAGCUAAAGCUUGCUUCCGCGAGCUACAUCCCACGAACAGUGCGCUUAUUAUGGCGCUGUCCGGUUCAAAAGGUUCCAACAUCAAUAUUUCACAGAUGAUUGCUUGCGUCGGUCAGCAGGCCAUCAACGGCAAGCGUGUGCCAAAUGGAUUUGAGAAUCGCGCGUUGCCACAUUUCGAAAAAUUCUCCGCCAUACCAGCAGCACGUGGUUUCGUGCAAAAUAGUUUCUACUCGGGGCUCACGCCUACCGAAUUUUUCUUCCAUACAAUGGCUGGACGUGAGGGUUUAGUCGAUACGGCUGUGAAAACGGCCGAGACUGGUUAUCUGCAGCGACGUUUAGUGAAGUGCCUCGAAGAUCUGGUGGUACACUACGAUGGCUCUGUGCGCAAUGCCAUUGGUGAAAUUGUUGAAUUGAUCUAUGGUGGCGACGGCUUAGAUCCUGUUUUCAUGGAAGUCAAAAAUAAACCCGUGGAUUUGGUACGCCAACUAAAUCAUUUGCGCGCCACCGUGCCGGAUCGCGAAAAUACACCGCUAGCAGCAGCGGAAAUUGCACCAGUAGCGCGUAAAAUACUCACAGAGGCUGAAUUCACCAUGAGUCGCAAGGAUUUUCAAAACGAAAUCAUCGCAUUUAUCGAGAAAGUUGCGCAAAAAAUCACCGAUAUACAAGCCAAAUACAGACGUCACCCGAAAUUGGCCAACGAAAUUGAACGCCUGACCGAAGUUCAAAUACGCACCUUUAUGCGCUGGGUCAAUGAUAAAUACAAUCGAGCCGUAACUGAACCGGGCACCGCUGUGGGUGCCGUGGCAGCGCAAAGUAUCGGUGAGCCGGGCACACAAAUGACAUUGAAAACUUUCCAUUUUGCUGGUGUCGCCUCCAUGAACAUUACGCAGGGUGUACCACGUAUUGUUGAAAUUAUUAAUGCGACGAAAACCAUUUCAACGCCCAUUAUAACUGCUGAAAUUGAGAAUAACACGAGCAUGGAAUUUGCGCGUAAAGUUAAGGCGCGCAUUGAGAAGACUACGCUGGGCGAGAUUUCCUCAUACGUCGAAGAGGUGUAUAGGCCAGAUGAUUGCUUCCUUGUUAUACGCUUAGAUUUGAAUCGCAUUAAAGUUUUGGGUUUAGAGAUUAAUGCUGAAACAGUACGUUACUCCAUUUGCACUUCAAAGCUGCGCAUCAAACCGGCGCUUGUAGAUGUUGUCGGCUCUUCCGUAAUAACCGUGCAUAUUGAUACCUCCAAACAUGGCGCCACACUCAAUGCCGAACUGCAACGUCUCACCAUAGCCAUACAGAAUGUCGUCGUUGCUGGUUUGCCGAAUAUUUCACGUGCCGUCAUCGCCAUUGAUGAUGCCCAUACGCCGGCCACCUAUAAGUUGUGCAUUGAAGGCGCCGGUUUACGCGAUGUUAUGGCCACUUUUGGUGUUCUUGGCGCACGCACCAAGAGCAACAAUAUCUGGGAAGUUUAUAAUACAUUGGGUAUUGAGGCGGCGCGCACCACCAUCAUGACGGAAAUCACCGAUGUGAUGGAAGGUCAUGGCAUGAGUGUCGAUCAUCGUCAUAUUAUGCUGCUGGCCAGUCAGAUGACGUCGCGCGGUGAAGUGUUGGGCAUAACGCGACAUGGUUUGGCGAAAAUGCGUGAGAGUGUCUUUAAUUUGGCUUCGUUCGAAAAAACCGCCGAUCAUUUAUUCGAUGCCGCCUACUUUGGUCAAACGGACGCCGUGGAUGGUGUAUCCGAGCGUAUUAUACUGGGCAUGCCCGCCUCAAUCGGUACGGGUCUCUUUAAACUGGUACACAAUCAUGAGGACACCGCAUUGCCGGAAGUGGAAACGCCAUUAUUUCACGCUGUAACAGCGUGACCUCUCUGGUAAACGGAUAUCGCUGAGACCGGUGGUAGUUUUAUAUGUAAUUUAAUGCAAGAAAUACUGUUAAUUCUAAGUGAUGGAAAUGCAAAAUAAAAUUUCUGAAAUGUAA